UGUGUGUAUAAACAUGUGCUCAUAAUGUGACAGCGGUCUUUAUCAGUGUCAACCAGCUGGCAAACUCGUAACACAGUCGUCGUCUGAAAUCAACCAGAAGAAGAAAAGUCAUCCUCAGAAGACAAUUAGAAACGAAGUUUGGUAACCAUGACGGUGCUCCUGCUUCUGUGUCUUCUCCUCCUAUUUGGAGGUCACAGGUCAUUGGCGUGCCCCCACCUUUGCUCCUGUCAGGGUGCUCAGGUGGACUGCAGCAGCAGGUCUCUCACCUCUGCCUCCAUGCCAUCCAGUUUCCCUGCAGGAACCACCGAGCUGUAUCUCCAUGACAACUUGCUGAGCACACUCCCCAAUGGGCUCCUGGAUGACCUGACCUCCCUGCAUUUUAUCUCCCUCCAUGGUAACCCCUGGAUAUGUGACUGCGGCAUCCUCUACCUGCGAGCCUGGCUGAGACAUCAGCCCAUUGGCUUCGUGUCCCACCUGGGGGUCAACUGCAGCUCCCCUCCCAACUUGAGAGGGCGGUCUGUGGAGUAUCUGACCGAGGAUGAGGUGCUGGAGUCCUGCCACUACUGGUACUGUAACCUGGCCCUGGCCUCUCUGGGGUCUCUGAUUGGGUUUGUUGCGGUGCAGGCGGCUUUGCUGGUGGCUCUUAUCAUUUUCCUGAAGAAGUUCGAGAGGCUGUCAAAGGAGGCCAAACGAACUACAGAGGAGAGCUUCACAGCCGGGGAUGGUCAACGAGAGAACGAUUAUGAGCGUUUAAAGGACAGCAGCAUCUGAAAUUCAGCUCUUAAUAUUGAGAUGCCUGCUUUAAUGAGUACAGAGACAUGCUUGGGAAAAGCUUAUUCAGGUUCAGAUUGACAGUCAGACCAAACUGGACAUUGUGAAGUUGUGACACUUUUCUAAAACAUUUUAUUUAGAUUUUUAUCUUUCAUUUGUAGUGUGUGGUCAUUGUUUAUUAUAAACAUUGAUAUAAAUAUGUAUAUUAUGUUAACAAAAGCCCAGCCAAGGUUGAAGACAAUGGAAGUGGCCCAGGGAUAUUUUGUUAAAAUCUUUUUUUAUUUUGGUUUUAUUGUUUGUUUUUAAUUUAUUUACCCAGGAAUACCCCAUUGAGUGUCUGCCAACAAGUCCUGGUCAAGAUGAGAGUCAAAUAAUACAAAAAUAAUUAGACAAAGAGUGGAAAAACUGAAGACUAAGAUAAAAGCACCGAUUAGCAGAAGACAUUAAAAUAAAGUAAAAUAUCAUUCUUUAUUUAGUUAUUUUUAUGUGUUUUUACAAAUUGCCUAAUAAUCAAAGUGACCAGAACAACAAAGCAGUACAUUUCACAGCUUGUGUCCAACUCUAAAAUCAUAAUAAUACUUUAAAAACAUUAUUUUAUUUUUGCAGCUUUUGCUAAAUAGCAUAUUUGUGUCUGUUUGCAAUGCACUUUGGUACACAUGCAAUACCACAUAUUUGUUCCUAUAUACCAAGUAUGAAUAAAACUGUCAAACCUG